CUUUAGAACAGCCAGGCAAACACAGAGAGCAGCGAUCGGUAGUGAUGACCAACUAAACUGAACCUCAGCUCCAGGUUGACAGUGCGCCGCGGCGAGCUCAAGGCAAACAUAGAGGAGGAGCAAAACCAGCAGGAGAAAUAGAUAUUUUUUCUGUUCUUCCCUCCUGUCCAUGAUGCGGGACUCUGUGUUCAACUGCUGUGUUUCUCCACCCCAUCCCGUUGGAGGAGUGGAUGACCAUCAUCAACAUGGCACCAGAGCUCAGGCUCCGCUCCCUAAUGAUAGGCGUUUUCUUAUAUUCUUUGACUUUGAUGAGACUCUGGUGGACGAGUGCAGCGAUGAUUCUAUGGUUACUGUGGCGCCUGGCGGGGUCCUGCCUGACUGGUUGAAGGACACGUACCGCCCUGGCUGCUAUACAGAGUACAUGCAGCGUGUGCUGGCCUACUUCGCCGAACAGGGCAUCACUCCUGCAGCUAUUCGGGGCACAGUGGAGAAGCUCCCUCCUUGCCCUGGCAUCCCAGCUCUGAUGCGCUUUCUGCUUUCCCAUCCAUCGCGUGACUUUGAAGUCAUCUGUGUGUCUGACGCCAAUACUGUCUUCAUCGAGACGUGGCUGCAGCACCUGGGUUUCCGCCCACUGUUUCUGCGCAUUUUCACCAACCCAGCUCACUUUGAUGGUAAUGGGCAGUUGCAGCUUCGCCCCUUCCACUCCCAUGACUGCCUGCGGUGCCCAAAGAACAUGUGCAAAGCGGUGGUGGUUAGGCAGUAUGUGGCCCAGCGCAUCCAUGAGAGAGGUGGGCAGCCCUACCAGAAGAUUCUGUAUGUGGGCGACGGGGCCAAUGACUUUUGCCCAUCGCUCACAUUGUCACCAAGCGAUAUAGCGUUCCCGCGGCGGGACUUCCCAAUGCACAAACUGAUCCAAGAGAUGGAAGAAGCCAAGCCUGGAGAGUUCAAGCCCAAUGUGGUGCCAUGGAGAAGUGGAGAGGAUGUCAUCAACACACUGAGGAAGAUGUUGGAGGGAGGCCCUAAAUAAAUACAUACCUAAAAACAUUAGGCCCUACAAAUAUAUACACCUUUCCUAGUAUACAAGUGCCUUGUUUCAUUCUUAACACCUAAUUGACCAAAUAGUGCUAUCUGCUGAAGCUGUCAGGCUGUUGAGGAUAUUUGUAUUUGACUAUAUGCAGUUCUUGAAAUGACAAUGUUUUAACACUUGAUAGAUUGACAGUAUCUAAGAUAACAAGCCAUCAGACUGAAAGCUAUAGUCUGACAAGCCUUGAAAUCACACUCAAAUGCACAUACACUAACUAAUAUAUGUUCAACCCAUGGAUAUGCUGUUUAUGUAAACUUGCAUCUUAGUGUUGUUUCUUCUAAUUGCAUUGACACUAGAACUGUCCAUUAGAGUCUCUCCGUUCAUGCAAUAUUAUAAUCAUGCUCAGGAAUUUCUGUCUUGUACUGUUAUUAACACAUAAAUCAUAAUUUAUUGAAUUGUUAUUUUUGCAAAUCUGAGAGGUGCUAUGAUUAGAGAUUAUUUAUGUGAAGAAUAAUGAAGCAAUCUUCUAAAAUGAUUCUUUCUUACAAUGAUAAAUUGUUUCUAAUGUUUUAAUGUAGUGUUUGUUAAAUAUUGUAUACUUUUAACAGAUUGUUUUUGUUUUGUUUUAUUUGUACCCUAUCUCCAUGUUAAUUCAAUUAAAUGAAUCUUUGUGGAUUGUAUUAGUUUACCCAGAAUGACUUGUAAACAGAAACCUAUUCAGGAUCUGCUGAAGCCUCUUUAAGACUGUUACAUGUGAGUCUUUUAGUUAUCUUUGGUUGUGUAGCUGUGUCUUUGUCAUAUUGUGUGAUGUAUAUUCAUUUUCUGAAUUCAUUAGUCACAAGAAUCGGAUUAUAGAUCUUUGAUAUAUGAACCUCUCCAGCAAGGAUAUAAAGCCAUUUACUCAAUUGUCUGUCUUUCUGAGUUAAAAAAAAAAAAGUAUUAUUUAUUUAAUAAAAAAA